CGGCGAAGCCAGCCCCCGCCGCUGGGACGCCAGCCCCCGUCGUUGGGACGCCAGCCCCCGUCGCUGGGACGCCAGCCCCCGUCGCUGGGACGCCAGCCCCCGGCGCUGGGACGCGAGCCCCCAGAAGGAGACCCGUUGGCGCGACUCGGUCGCCUCUUGGAAGAACAGCGCACUGUUCUCGUGGCGCCGCCCGUCGGACGGCGAGGCGGCCUGGCCGACGCGUCCGUCCCCGCGUCUCGGCUGCGUCGCCAUCACCCGCAGCAACUUCGGCGUCGCCGAGCGCACCACCACGCGCCUGGAGCGCCCGGAGCGGUACGAGCAGUCCCGCCGGCCGUCCAGUGAUGUGCCGCCACGCGCCGGCCGGCGUCGCCACUCCUCCAGCCCGUCGUCGUCGACGCGUCGGAAUCGGCACAAGCUCAGCCACCGACUCACUGGCGACAGCUACGGUAGUCAGGCGCCGCCGGAGCAGACGGUCGAGGACGACGAGGACGGCCACCUCAUCUACAGGAACGGCGACGUGCUGCAAAGCCGGUACCGCAUCCUGUCCACUCUCGGUGAGGGAACAUUCGGCAAGGUCGUGAAGGUCAAAGAUCUCGACAAGGACAGGGUCAUCGCACUGAAGGUUAUCAAGAACGUUGAUAAGUACCGAGAGGCUGCCAAGCUUGAAAUCAACGUGCUGGAAAAGCUGAACGACAAAGAUCCCUACGGGAAGCACCGGUGUGUGCUGAUGUUGGAGUGGUUCGACUACUGCGGCCACAUCUGCAUCGCCUUCGAAAUGCUCGGGCUGAGCGUGUUCGAUUUCAUGAAGGACAACAGCUACCAGCCGUAUCCGCUGGGGCAGGUGCGCCACAUCGGCUACCAGCUGUGCCACUCGGUCUGCUUUAUGCACGACUCCCGGCUGACGCACACCGACCUCAAGCCCGAGAACAUCCUGUUCGUCGGCUCCGACUACGACGUCCACUACAACCCCCGAAAGAAGCGGGACGUUCGGGUCGUGCGGAAUUCGGAGAUCCGGCUGAUCGACUUCGGCAGCGCCACGUUCGACCACGAGCACCACAGCACGGUGGUCUCCACGCGCCACUACCGGGCGCCGGAGGUGCUGCUCGAGCUGGGUUGGUCGCAGCCGUGCGACGUCUGGAGCAUCGGCUGCAUCCUGUUCGAGCUCUACCUGGGCCUGACGCUCUUCCAGACGCACGACAACCGCGAACACCUGGCCAUGAUGGAGCGCAUUCUGGGCCCCAUGCCGUACAGAAUGAGCCAGAAGUCGAAGACCAAGUACUUUUACCGGGGGCGGCUGGACUGGGACGAGAAGACGUCAGCAGCGCGCUACGUGCGCGAGAACUGCAAGCCGCUGAGGCGCUACAUGCAGGGCACGGACGUGGAGCACGUGCAGCUGUUUGAUCUCAUCCAGAGGAUGCUGGAGUACGAGCCGAGUCAGCGGAUCACGCUGAGGGACGCCAUCAGGCACCCGUUCUUCGCCAAGCUGGAGGAGGGACGGCGAGUGAACGGCUACUAGCCUGCGCGACCCCCGCCAGCGCCGGGCCCGCCCCACUGGAGGCGGCAGCCUCCCCAGGGCGGCGGCGGACACCAGGAGGGCCGACCCUGAUGGCGGCCCGUGACCGACGGUCCGAAGAAGGAGAGCCGUCAUCUCGACGCGGUGUGGAGGGCGGCGAAAGUCCGCACAGGCCGGCUGGGAUCAGCUGCCACCCGAACAGUCCAGCAGAGGGACCGCGACAGUCCAGUGCAGGGACGGCAGGAGGACAGUGAUCAUCCCGACGGUUCGUUGAAGGGGCAGCGGCCAUCCGAACUGUUCAGUACAGUGAUAACGGUCCCACCAGCUGACAGGUUCGGUGAAGGGACAGCAGAGGCACAGCGACAGUCUGGUGAAAGGUCGGCAGAGGGGCAGUGAUCAUCCCGACGGUCUGGUGAAAGGACAGCAGAGGGACAGAAAUCGUCCCGACGGUUCGUUGGAGGGACAACGGCCAUCCGAACUGUUCAGUACAGUGAUAUCGGUCCCACCAGCUGUCUGAUGGAGGGAGAGCGGCCACCUUGACAAUCCGUUUGAGGAUCAGCUGCAUCCCAGCAAUCUGGCAGAGGGACAGCAGUCACCCCGACAGUCCGGUGGACGCGUGGAGCUUGCCCUGACCUCUGGCGGAGAGAUAGUGGCCCUCCCAAAACCCGGCAGGACAGCGGUCUCCCGCGAACCCCCGGCGGAAGAUCCGCAGCCAUAGCCUUAUCAGGUGUUCUCUUGUGAUGACCGGUGAUUUACGAGCUAUUUGUGGAGACAGAUCGGCCCGCGUUGGCCGGCAGCCGGUGCGCGAGCUGCGGCUUGGACGCUGAACUCGACACUGCACGCCAACUGCAGUCGAGACGAGCGCGAGCGUCGCGAGAUCGUUUUAUAACGGCACCGAUGCGGACGGCCGGUGAUAGGUGGCUAGUCGAUGUGUUAGCGCAUAGAUGGCACGGCGAAAUCUUGGAGGUGGUACGCGGCUCCGCCGUCUGUAGCUGCUCGCCUCUGGUUAUUAUUGAAUGACAUACUGACGAGUUUAACUCAGCCCGGAGUCCUUUCGUGAUGUCCGAGUACGCUUUUGAACGGCAUGUACUAACGAUGCGCGCCUCCGUCAAGGUGGCGCCGCCCGCGGGGCGGGCCCGCCAGCGCCUCGCCGCCGCUCCGCCGGCUGUGAGGGCGGGCCGCGUCCGCUGCCACCGUCGCGCCCUCUGUCGUCCGCCUGCGCCAGGCGCCGGUGCUCGCCGGUCGACUGCCCCGCGUCGCCGUUGCUGUCACGUGCGCUGCCGAGUGGAGGCUCCCUUGUGUGGGCCACGUGCGGCGGCGGCGGCGCGCGGGGCGCGUGCUGACGACCCCCGGCCGGUGCCUGGCUGACGGCCGCGAGCCGCGUGCGCCGCCCCGCCGCGGCCGUACCGUGUCCCUCCUCCACAGACGGCCCUUGUUGGCGCGGCGCGGCGAGUCGCGCCGCCUCUGCCCGGCGUGAUUCGGCGGCGAGUCACGCCAUCGUUCGGCGUAACCCGAUGUCUGGGCCCGCCUAACCAACGCCGAAGUGAUACCUGCGUGUGUUGGGCUAUUGGUGUCGAAUGAAUACAUCGCAUUA